AUGAGAACCCACAGAGCUCUUCUUCACGAUCAAGUUGACAUCGUUAUUCCUGUUUCUCGUCUUGAUGACAACAAAGGUCUUCGCCAACUAUUCAGUCGCUACAUUAUUGAAGACUACAAAUCACAACUUCUUCUUAAAAAUGAUGAAAGCAUCAAGAAGAAAUGCAUUGACUUAUCUCUUGCAUCUGGUGUUCUUUGCAAAUACACAUCAUACGUUGGUGUUGACUAUGAAUCUCAUGAAGAAAGAGGACAACCUGCUCCUCCAUUGAUCCAAUGCUGUGCAAUGGCUCCACCUAAGAGAUGCUUCAGAGGUAUAGCACCGCAGGGCUGCUAUGCUGCACCUCCUAAACAAUUCAAUGCUAAGCCAAUGAUGCGUGGUAUGUCUCAACCUGGCGGUGGUAUGGGAUUUGGAGCUCCUCCUCCACCUCCUCCAUGCGGUGCUGCUAUGGUACCUCCUCAUUUAGCUAAUCAAAUGAUGCAACAAAUGAUGUCUGGAGCUUCUCAAUACACAACUCCAGCACCUCCUCAAUACGACGCUAAUCAAAUGAUGCAACAAAUGAUGUCUGGAGUGUCUCAAUAUACAGCUCCAGCACCUCCUCAAUACGCAGCUCGUCAAAUGAUGAAGCAACAUGCUAUGGAUGAUAGUGAUGUAAUGAUCGCGAGAUAUUCAAGCCGACCAUCAAAUUCACCAGAAGAACAGAUUCGUAAGCAAAAGGUUGAUGGUUCUUGGGAUGAUUUCAAUGGUGUUGAUGAAAUAAUUGAAACUAAAUAUGGCCACAAAGUUGCAUCAACAGUUGCAGCAAUCGCAUUCAUCCGAAAGGUAUUCAAAGAUCAUCUAUCCGAAUUCUCACUCAUUAUCAAGAAAGCACUUUCAUUCCUUAUGAAGCAAGACAAUAGAGUUGAUUGGAACUCUAUCAUCAACAAAUUCAUUUGA